CCCACGAUGCUGCGGUUGCUGCUGCUGCAGGUCUGGGCGAGCUGCCUCUGGCUGGGACACGGCGAGGUGGUGCAGUCCCUUUCAAAUAUAUGUGAUCAGUUUUUCUACCAGAAAAUGAUCGCAACAAAUGGCCUCCUGCCAGGGAACCGAGCCUGGAUCUGCCAGACCUUCCAAAACCAGCGUUUCUUUGCCACCUUGUAUGACAAACAGAAUCGUAUUCCUGUGUACUCCGCUUACAUCUACAACCCUGGAACUGGAAAGAGACCUACGCCAAAAUGGAUGGUGGAGCCCCAGCUGAUCCGUGGGAAUUUGCCCAGAGACAUGCAAACAGAGGCGACCCUCAGAGUAAAUUACUCAGUCAUCCAAAAGGAUAUCAGCAAUAGCCAGGCUGUCAACCAAGACUACCUGCACCUUAACAAUUUGGACCGUGGCCAUUUGAGCCCCGCUGGCCAUCAACACACCCAGGACGGCAAGACUGCGACCUUCACCCUCACCAACAUAGUGCCCCAGGACGCUGCACUCAACAAGGGUGCCUGGAACCUCUAUGAGCAGAAUACAAUGGCCAAGAAAAGCAAGGACUGUCAAACCACCUAUGCCAUUGUGGGGGCUGUGCCUGGGACCUCCUCCAUCUCCCAAAACAGGGUUAAUAUACCCAGCCACAUCUGGGCCAGUGCCUGCUGCAAGAACACCACCAACCACGUGAUUGCUUGGGGAGCCAUUGCCCAGAACAACCAGAACAACGUCCAGGUCCUCAGGCUGGGGGCACUGGAGAGAAGGUUGACCCAGCUGUAUAAGAGGGGAGCGGUUUCUCUGUUCCAUGCGGACUGUCCCCGUUAA